AUGCUCGUCCCUCUGCGGGGGCUCAUCCGACGGCAGCCCUACAAGAUCCUCGUCGGCGUCUGCGUCGUCGUCUCGGGCAUCUCUGUCCUCUCGCGUCUCUCUGCCAGCAAAGGGGACCUGCUCACUGUCGGUGCCAGUCACGAUUCACCCGAGACGCACAAACUUUGUGCCGCGCAUGGCUUCACCGUGUAUCCCGCGGCGGCCAGCGGAACGCGACGCAAAAUCUACGACCUUGCGAUGGUGAAUACGGAGCUUGACUGGCUUGAGAUUCGUCUCCAUACACUCUACGAGGAAGUCGACCUCUUCAUUAUUGUCGAGUCAGCCAAGACGUUUCAUGGCCACGACAAGCCGCUGUUGGCGAAGCAGAAUUGGGACCGCUUUGCCCGCUACCACGAUAAGAUGCUCUACCACGAGCUCGAGUUUCCCGGCGACUUUCAUCCACAGCGCACAUGGGACUUGGAGUCCUUUCAACGAGAUGCUAGCUACGAACAAACCUUUCCUAAGCUCAUCGGAACUGGCUCGCGCGCGCCACGUCUGGGUGACGUCUUGGUUGUUGCCGACGUAGAUGAGAUACCGCGUCCGGAUACGCUACGAGUCCUCCGCGCAUGCAAUUUUCCACGCCGCCUCACCCUACUUUCACGCUUUUACUACUACUCGUUUCAAUUUCUAAGCAUUGGCCCUGAAUGGCACCACCCGCAGGCCACGUACUACGACGGGCCGCGGACGCUCACGCCCAACAACCUGCGCGGUGGCCGCGGCGACAACUUCCUCUCCCGCUGGCGAGACUCGGGGAGAUACGCCGACUCCGGCUGGCACUGUAGCAGCUGCUUUGAUUCCAUCGACCUGUAUCUGAAUAAGAUGGAAAGCUUCUCGCACAAGUGGAUGAAUAGCGACCAAUUUAGAAAUCGCGAUCGCAUUGCGGACGCGGUCCGAGAGGGUAUAGAUAUUUGGGGCCGCAAAGGAAACAAGUUUGAGCGCAUACAGAACAAUGAAGAUCUUCCACCGCUGGUAAGAGAGGAUGCGCGAUUCUUGUAUCUCAAGGAUCGCAGCGGCAAGUCGGCUGGCAUGAAAGACUAUCCUUGA